CUGUGACAACUACCUCUUUCCGAGCCAUUUGGAGCAGAAUCGCUUCAAUCUGGACGAUGUUUGGCCGCAGUUUGGUACUUCAGGUGACAGCCUCUGCGUUGUUGGUCGUAUUGUGGAAUGCAAAAACAGAGUAGACACCCUUCCAUGCAGCUUCUUUCCAAAGUUCCAGAUUCGAUUACUAAGGCGGUUUGGACACAAAAGUCCCGUUUGGCACGGUGGCAUCAAGAUUGCGGAUGACGCGGUGGAGAUCCUUGCUACGCUUUCUUCAAGCCUUAAAGCUGUGAAUUGCUGUGUGUGGGCUCCCAAAGGAUGCGAAGAGCGUUGCUAUGACUACUUGAAAUUCAUCGAAAGCAUAAGGGAUGGACUACUUGACGAGGUUGCCGGAGGAGUCGAGGUUGUGCACAAAGCCGUCAGCAUUAAGAUGUUGCGUCGGAAGAAAUUCGAGGGUUACCCAUUGGAAGAAGUUGAUCAAAAGCUGCAUGAAGUCGGCCCAAACGCCAGAGUCGUUCUUGAAAGCUGUGGGAUAAACGAAAUGGCGGUUGUUGUGAGGUAUUGCGGAAUCAGGAGAUAUACAAUGCCGCAUGAUCACAUAAGCCACUUGAGUCUGAGAGAAAGAAAAGAGUUAGCCCAAUUGCUUGACACCGGUACCGAUUCAAACAACUUGGAGUCAUUGUCAGAGCAGCUGGGGAUCAGAUCUUUACCAGUGGAACAUGAAGACAUGGAAGUACCCGGUUUUACUAAUGUUAUUUCACAAAGUGAAGUUGAUCGCUACCUUUCACGGUGUGCUCUAGAAAGUGACCUGAGAGCGAGAGACUUGGUUGAAGCUCUGGAACGCAUCAACCGAUUCGACGCUGCUACAGUUAUUGGCAAAUGGUUGUCAAGUGUCGACAGAAUUCAACAGAAUCUGACAAUGCACAAAACAAGAGGAGAAAGCAGCGCCUCCGAAAGCAGCUGCUCCUUCAGCUCACGAUCACGUGGAGCCAGCGGCCCGUCCGAACAUUCUAGGAGUAUGGGAGGAAGCAGUGCCUCUGAAGGAAGCCCUCUGUUGGCAACGCGGCAUAGCUCAAGUCAUGGAAGAGGACCGUGUUCGUGUGCCUGUUCACGGCACAGUUUUGACACGGGCACCAGGAAAGAAAGUGGCGCAUCGGAGCAUAGCCUUCCGCAUGAGGACAUAACUGGGGCUACGUCCAGAGGUGCGUAUGAUGUAUCCCAUGGCAGUUUCCCUGAUGUUGGCUCUCAGCACUGGAAUAUCGAUUUGCGACACGGCUGGAGGAGUGCAAGCUCGACAUCUGCGCAUAGCCACGCAACUGAGGAGUCGUACGCUGGAUCUGGAGAGAGGUUCUCAUGUGAAGAAUCUCAGGUAAUUCAGCCAACAGAACAAAUUGUACCCCAGCCUCGUCUCCGCAUUCAUCCGUGUAGCGACUGUGAAUAUUGUGGACCAAAACUUUCUGUGGAAGAAACUGGUGAUAAAAAAGUAUGCGUUAGCGUGGAAGAAACUUCAAAAGAUACUCAUGCACAGACGAGAGAUGCAGAUCUUAGCGUAAUUUCGAGUCCUGUCCAAGUGUCUAAAAGUGAUAUCAAGGAGGACGUCUCAAGUCAGUCGACUGACGAAUUGUUUCCAACGAUGGAGACGGGCGUUACGGACGAUAGAAAGUCUUUACCAGUAAGCAGUUUUCUUCCUGAACUUUCGUCGAGGUUGAGUCUUAGCUGGAGGCCGGUAGCAUUUGAUCUUGGGUUCAGAAGCUCUGAACUUGGAUGCUUUGAACAGGUCAGCUUGCUUCGUGUUCAGGCAAGCGAUAUGUUGCACUCUUGGUUGUCUAAGAACAAGUAUUACUCGAUUCUGAUUGGCUAA